UCGUCAUUCGGUUGUAGCUAAUAACAUGUUCCUCUAUUUUUGUCACACAUUUUUCAAACCCGUAAACAACAACUGUGUUUACAUGUCAGUAGGAACACUUGCAUCAACUCAGAAAUGGAAGGUUAGAGUUGUGAUUUGAUGUCACAAGAUCUAGUUCAUUGCUUAAAUUUGACAAAUGUGGCCGUGAUUAGUUAAACCUCAAUUAUAAAGUUUUUUGCAACCGGUGGAAUUUUGCAAAGAGGAGCUCCUAAAUAUUUGGCGAGUGUUGUAGCUUUCAUAAUGAACAACUAUAGGAGUUCCAGCACAGAACGUCAUUUUUAAAAAUCAUCUGAUGCAAAAUGGAUCAACCGACAUUGAAUUUUCCCGCCCGGAUAAUCGAGACAACAUCCAGUUCAUUCCAGGGACAAAUGAAUCUCUGACGCCGAUGGUGUGCGUCCUGACCACAUCCAUGGAUGAUCUACCGCCGGAUAUUUUCACAAAAACUGAACGACUAAAUGGUGCCAUUGCAAUCCAUUUCUUCGCGGCAAUAUAUUUUUUUACAAUUUUAGCAUACAUAUGUAGUGAGUACUUCCUUCCUUCGGUGGAGUGUAUUUGUGAAGAUCUACAUCUUUCGGAGGAUGUGGCAGCCGCAACUUUUAUGGCUACAGCAACGUCAAUGCCGGAGUUUUUCACCAAUACCAUUAGCACGUUGGUAGUAGACUCGGACAUGGGUCUCGGAACGAUAAUGGGAUCAAUGUUAUUCAAUACCCUGGGAGUGGCGGCUUUGGUUGGAUUGCUUACCAAAAGCCACGUUCAACUGGAAUGGUGGCCACUGACCAGGGACUCAGUGAUUGUGUUGAUCACGACAAGUGCUCUCGUAGGCUGUCUUUGGGACGAUCGUGUCUAUUGGUAUGAAUCAGCAGUAUUUGUCAUAAUGUACGUUCUGUACUUUCUGGUGAUGUUCCAAAAUGAUCGAAUGAAACGGAUUGCAGUUGAUCUGAUUGAAACACGCUGGAAUCUUUGCACUAGAAUGCAACCUGCUGUGAGUGAUGAGUUCAUAGAACAUAAAUCUUGCCGAAAGUAUUCAAUAGCAGUCCUAGGUGAAGCAAUCAAUACUACUCUGGAUGUUCCAGCUGGCGAGAAGGAAAUCUCACGCAAUUCAGACUCGAUAACUGAGUCAAUUCAAAGCACCAGCAACCGGAUGCAGCUAUUUCGAAUCUCAACGACAUCGUGGUUCAGCGUAUUUUGGUGGUUCUACACUUGGCCGUUCCGGAUACUUAUACGAGGAACCGUUCCAAAUCCUCGCUCCUUUCGGAAGCUUUACCCGUUGACAUUUUUCAUGUGUAUAGUGUGGAUCGGUGGCACAUCUUAUGUGGUGUUCUGGAUGAUGACCAUCAUUGGAAAUACUUUUGAUGUUCCGGAAACGGUAAUGGGACUAACAUUUCUUGCAUUUGGUGGAUGUAUGCCGGAAGCAGUGUCCGCGAUAACUGUGAUUAGAAAAGGAAAUGGAGCAAUGGGUGUGUCGAACUCACUGGGCGCAAACUCGCUUGCGAUCCUAUUUUCUCUGGGACUACCGUGGUUCAUUAGGAAUAUGGCAGAAGGUGGAGCGACCACUGGCGCCUAUGUCGAGAUAAAUUCGUAUGGAAUGCAGUAUUCAGUGCUUGCUAUGUUUGUUGCCGUUGCGAUACUCUACGUAGUUCUGUACCUAGCGAAGUAUACUCUGAGGAAGUUGGUCGGUUUGACCCUAGCGGUAGGCUAUUUUAUUAUUGUAGCUUUUAUGAUAUUGGUGGAGUUGGAUGUGCUGUUUCCGUCGGGAAAUAUAUGUUAAGAAAUGGAGCUACAGAGUUUAAUAAUAAAAUGUGAUAGUUAUA